CCUCGAUUGGUCAAGAUGAAUAUAGUCUAUUGAUAGAGCUAACACCACUCGAUCUUUAUUUUGUUUUUAAUUUCAGGAUUUUUGCUUUUCUCUCUUCAACGCCCAAAUACAUUCAUUUUGUGUCAAGAAAUUGAUGGGAAUUAGAAGCAAAAAUCUGAGUUACAAAGUUGUACUGAAUUCUACUGUACAUACAAUAAAUUUUAAAUUUAACCUAAAAAUUUUGUAUAAAAUUCAACAUGAGCGAUGAUGAAGGAUCUUUACUUGCAGAGGACAAAGAUAGGGAACAAAUACGAGAAGAGUUGAAACAUAUGAGUUUCGAGGAUUUGCACAAAUUAAAGGAGAAAUUGGGAACUAAAAUAUACAAUCAAACAAUAUUUGGAAACAAAAGCAAGAAAAAGACAGAAUUUAAACGGGAAAAUAAGAACAGGCCACGGGAAAUGUCUGCUAAGAAACCAGUUUCCAGAUUUAUAGAAUCAGUUUCAGUCAAAAAAAUUAUAGCCCGAGAUCCUAGAUUUGAUAGUUUAUGUGGUACAUUUGAUGAAAAAGCCUUCAAACAUUCUUAUGCAUUUAUUAAUGAGUUACGAGAGAAUGAUCUCGAAACAUUGAGAAAUGAAUUAAAAGAAGCUACCGAUUUAAAAACUAAAAGAAAGAUAAAAUAUCUCAUUCAAAGAUUUGAAAAUCAGCUAAGGGAAGAAAAGAAGCGAAAAGAGAAAGAACAGAAGAAGCGAGAAGAGAAGAAGGAAGUGCUAGAAUUGAUUAAACGAGGAGAGAAACCUGUCUUUAAGAAAAAAUCUGAACAGAAAAUCUUGAAUUUAGUCUCUCAGUAUGAAGAAUUGAAAAACGAAGGUAAACUAAAGAAGCAUAUUCAGAGAUUGCGGAAGAAAAAUAAGCACAAAGACAGAACAAAAUUGAGAACUUACCAGAUGGAAUAAGACAAAUAUGUAUAUUUUGCAUAUGCUACAGUUGUAAAAGAAGAUAGGAAAAAUGUAUAUAAUAAAAUAAAGCGUUUUUUUUUUAAGUUUUAAUCAUAAGCAAA